AUGAAAGCCUUCACUAGUUUCAGUUCAAAACCAAUAAACCUUAAGCUAGGAUCUUUGUCUCCUAGAGUUGAUUUUCAUGUUUCUGAUAAACCCUUUUCUUGCUUCACUUUUCUCUCUAGAAAUGAACAAAAAGGAUCCGUUUUUUGCGUUUUGAAAGUUGUUCAAAACAAGGGUUUUUUCCCUCUUCAUUCUGUGCCAUCAGAACAUCAGCAGGAGGUAGAGUUGGAAGCUGUUGAGUCUCAAGUUCAACAAAGUGAACAAACAAACGAAACAAAGUUUGUUCGUGUCGAAUUUCGAUUACUAAAAGAUUGUGACUUCGGGGAACAGUUUCUAAUAGUUGGAGAUGAUCCUAUGCUUGGUUCAUGGAAUCCUUUAGAUGCAUUACUAAUGACAUGGUCUGAUGGCCAUAUAUGGACUCUCGAGCUGGAUAUGCCGGCCGGAAAAUCGAUCCAGUACAAGUUCAUACUCAAGGGAAUAGAAGGUGAUAUUAUAUGGCAGCCGGGUUCGGAUCGGGUUAUUCAAACAUGGGAAACUAUGAACAGAAUAGUUGUUAGUGAGGAUUGGGAGAAUGCAGAACUUCAGAAAGUAGUAGAGGAAGAACCAAAUGAAGAACCUCAAGUUCUAUCAGAAUUGUCAACUUCCACUGAAACUUUAGAUGAUUCUCGCGAUAAAACGGAAUUCGUUGUAUCCAAUGUAUCUGGUAUUGAAGAUACGCGAAUUCACGAUGAGCGGAAACUGAUUGAUGAACAAGUAAUUCAAGAAAACACCAGUGAUAGUAUUUCAUCAUCAAUUGAGAAGCCAAUGGCUAUUAUUGCAGAAAAUAUCGUAUCCUCGAAGGAACUCAUGGAAAGUACUAGUUACAAAACGAGUAAAAGUAAUGUGAUUCGAAAAACUGAAGAAUCAGAAGAUGGUUCUCAAAAGGAUGAUAAAAUACAUUAUAGCGGAUACAAUGGAAAUGCUGCAGGACUAAACAAUCAAGAAGGGACGAUUGUGGAGGGAAGCUUAAUCGAUUUGAAAGGAGGUCCUGUUCUUGUACCUGGCUUAACGCCGCCAACUGAAAAAGAAGAGACCGCGAUAAAGUCUUCAGUUGAAACUUUUGAAACACACGAUCAGAUUAUACCAGAGUUAAGUAAGGAUGAAGAAUCAGAUUAUGACACAGCAGAGAAGAUAAAUACAACAAUCAACGAUGAGCUGAGUUUCUACGAGGAGCAGUUUCUUUUAGCACCAACGAUGGAAGAAGCGUCGAACGCAGAGCCAAUUCAUGGUAAUGCCUUGCGAAAUGAUGUCGAGUGGGGCCGCGAAACCGUAAAAAAGUUUCUAACGAAAUUUGGAUUGCUUUGA